UUCCGGCUCACUUCCGCCUACCGCGCCCUGGUCCCCAUAGCGGAAGCGCCGCGCUCUAACCCGGACCUGCACCUCUCGGUUGAAGCCCCGGGGCUGCCAAGAUGCCGGCGUAUCACUCUUCUCUCAUGGACCCUGACACCAAGCUCAUCGGAAACAUGGCGCUGUUACCGAUCAGAAGUCAGUUCAAAGGCCCUGCCCCUAGAGAGACAAAAGAUACAGAUAUUGUGGAUGAAGCCAUCUAUUACUUCAAGGCCAAUGUCUUCUUCAAAAACUAUGAAAUUAAGAAUGAAGCCGACAGGACCCUGAUAUAUAUAACUCUCUACAUCUCUGAGUGUCUAAAGAAACUCCAGAAGUGCAAUUCCAAAAGCCAAGGCGAAAAAGAAAUGUAUACACUGGGAAUCACAAAUUUUCCCAUUCCUGGAGAGCCGGGGUUUCCACUUAAUGCAAUUUAUGCCAAACCUGCAAACAAGCAGGAAGAUGAGGUGAUGCGUGCCUACUUGCAACAGCUAAGGCAGGAGACUGGACUGAGACUUUGUGAGAAAGUUUUUGACCCUCAGAAUGAUAAGCCCAGCAAGUGGUGGACUUGCUUUGUGAAGAGACAGUUCAUGAACAAGAGCCUCUCGGGACCGGGACAGUGAAGGAAGCCUGGACAGGCACCGACUCGGGAGCUGUGGGCCGCGUGUUGCAGCAAGCUGUACUCAGUCCUCUGCCUUUAUUCCAUAGGUUUGAUACAGAAGAGAGCAUGUCUUGUCUUGAAAAGCUCCUCGUCAAGAAUUUGGGGGGGGGAGGGGAGAGUGGGUUGUUGAAGGAUCAUUUGAAAUUUUCUGCACUAUUAAGCCGUGCUUAAUAAGAACAAAUAAUAAAAAAAAUUUCUAACA